AUGAGCUCCAAAGUGAUCUCUGGAGGCGCACCUGGCUUCUCUCUUUGCUCAAAGCCCUACAAUCCAACAAAAAGAUCAAUGCUUGAGCCUUGUUCUCACCUUUCCUGCAAUACCCACUUCUCAAAACCAAACCUUUCGUUUAGAUCUCCAUCCGGGUCAUACAGGACCAGAACAAGGGCGUCAAUUAACGCCGUUUACUCGCCGGAGAAGACGACGGAGAGUUUCUAUGACUUGUUGGGUAUACCGGAGAGUGGGAAUUUAUUGGAGAUUAAGAAAGCUUACAAGCAAUUGGCGAGAAAGUACCACCCGGACGUGUCACCGCCGGACCGUACGGAGGAGUACACACAGAGGUUUAUUAGGGUUCAGGAGGCGUAUGAGACCCUUUCUGACCCCCAAACUAGGGCUUUGUAUGAUAGCGAUUUGGCUAAGGGUUUGCACCUGGCUUUCUCCGGCAGAAAGCGCGGCCAAUAUGAUCAGGCCCAAAGCUAA